AUGGGGAAGGCAUCAAAGUGGUUUCGCGGUCUUUUUGGUCCCAAGAAACACCUACCGCAACCUUCACAAACACAUUCUACUCCUUCUUAUUCCGUGACUUCUUCUCCCAAUCCAACUAAACACAAACGAAGAUGGACCUUCGUCAAAUCAUACAGAGAAAACCACCACCACCACCAACAACAAUAAUAACAACAACACGUGGAUGCUUCUGAUCCUGACAACCACGCCAUCGCUGUUGUCGCUGCCACAGCCGCAGUCGCUGAGGCUGCCGUCGCUGCAGCUCAGGCGGCUGCCGCCGUCGUCAGACUGACGAGCAGCAGCGGUAGGUCCGCCAACGCUGGAAGCGUGACCGCCGCUAGUAGCCAAGAUUGGGCCGCCAUUAAGAUUCAAUCCACCUUCCGAGGAUGUUUGGCAAGGAGAGCAUUACGGGCACUGAAAGGAUUAGUUAAGCUUCAAGCACUUGUGAGAGGCCACAUCGAAAGAAAGCGAACAGCACAACAGAUGAAAAAAUGGCAAGCACUUUUAAGAGCACAAGCUAGAGUCUGUGCUCGCAGAGUUCAUAUCCUUCAAGCCCCAAAUUCCACUUCUAAGUCAUCUUCCUGCCACCUUCAUGGGCCAGCAACACCAGAAAAGUUUGAAAGCCCAAUCAGAUCUAAGAGUAUGAAAGAUGAGCACUCACCAUUGCUUAAGAGAAAUGGCUCCAAAUCAUGCCUCCAGCAGGUCCAUGGUAGUAGCGGGCAAGAGAAAUGUAGGAACAAAUCAGAAAGGCACAUAGAUGAACUAACAUGGAACCAAGAAAAAUCAUCAAUGAGAACCUCUAGCACCACCAAUGGUGACAAAAGUGACAAGAACCCUGAAAUUGAUUCCAGAAGAUCACAAGCCACGUCAUCAUCAAGACGUAGGAACCUCUUUUCCACCACCAACAACCAUGUCUUAGUUUCUGAUCAGCAUUGCAUUAGUAGCAAGAGUUACACCACAAGCAACCACAACAACAACAACAAGGAAUCAUCAUCAGUGAUAUCUCUUCAAUCAGGCCCAAGCCCAUCUUGUGAGGUCCAGCCUCAGAGCCCAAUGAAGCCCAAUUGGGUUGAGGAGAGCCCAUUCUGUACAGCUGAAAACAGCCCCCAAUACCUAUCAGCAUCUUCCAAAGAUAAUGUACCCAAAAGAAGCCCUUUUGGGUCAAGGAGUUAUAUUUGUGACUAUUCUGAUUACCCAAGUUACAUGGCAUGCACUGAAUCUUCAAAGGCAAAAGUGAGGUCUCUUAGUGCCCCAAAACAAAGGCCCAACCAAUGUGAUAGGUCUAGUUCAUCUACUAGGUACUCACUCAAUGGAUUGGGUUGUCAGAGGCCCAAUUAUGCUUUGCAAGGAUGCUUCACCAACAAGGGUUAUCCAGGUUCUGGUCGUUUAGACAAGCUUGGAAUGCCUUUGGGAUAUAGAUUCUAAUCUAUUCUUUAGUUAUAUGGGGUUAUGUUAAGACUAGGGUUUUAAUUUAUGACCUUAUUAAAUUAACUUGUGAUCUUCCUAACCACCCUUUACUUGUUGGGCCUUAAGAAACCUAACCCUCUUCUUCAUUGAGGUUUAAUUAAUUGUGUUAGCAUUGGAAAUCUGAAAUACUUUUAGGAAGUAACGGUUAAGUGAUUAGAAUGAGUGUAGGACUUAUGUAAGUGUGAGUUCUUUCCAUUUCCUAGAAUCUAAUAGGCUAAUAUCUAUGUUUUGGAUCGACAUAUAUGUAUGUAUCUAAUCUCACGACUUGGAUUUGAUUGUUUGGUGGGAAUUAUCACAGCCUUAAAGCACUAAUUGUUUUUUGCUUA